AUGAAAAAUGGUGCAUUCACAUGGACUUUUGGUAGCGCUGUCUUUUAUGCGAUUACACUUUUUACGACUAUUGGCUAUGGCACAAUUGCAUGUCGUACAGCUAUUGGCAAAAUUCUAACAGUUGUAUAUUCGAUUAUUGGAAUACCUUUAAUGUUAGCUAUAUUGCAAGAUGUUGGCAAUAUUUUAUUACGAUAUCUUACUACAGUAUAUAAUGCAUAUCGCCGUUAUUUUUGGAAAAUGAAACUACGACAUAGUAAAAUAUCAGAUAUUGAGAAGGAUGAUGUUGAUUACAAGGACGUCGAAUUUCCAAUGAAGUUAUUUAUUCCAAUUACUGCUAUUUAUUUGAUAAUUUGUACGAUAAUUGUGCUUCUGUUUGAUCAAAAUCAUAGCAUGCCAUCUCAGAUGACAUUUGGCGACGCAUUUUAUUUCUCUUUCAUAACGAUGGCAACAAUUGGAUUGGGUGAUGUAAUGCCAACAAAUGUUGAACAUAAUCCAAUUAUUGCAAUAAUAUUUCCUAUUGGUUUAACACUUUUAUCAGUUAUUAAUAGUAAUGGAUAUAAGCAAUUAGAAAAUUGUCUAAUUAAUGCAGCAAUUAAUUUGCAAUUAUUUUUUGAACGAUUAUUUCAACGAUCACAGGGACAUAUGGUAUUACAAUGGUUGGCACCAAAUAUUGAGUUAUUAACUAUUGCAUUACCAAUUUUCGAUGAUAAUAUCAUAUUUGGUGAUGAUAUUUUGCAAACAACAAUGGAUAACUAUCAAUUGGAUAAUGAUUAUGAUAUGAUAGGACAUGAUGCUACCUUGGGAAUUUUUUCAUCAGCUUCUUCUAAUGAUAAUUACAAUGUACGGUAUAUAAUAGUAUAA